GAACAGCGAGCAAUAGCACAUAUGCAUGUAUAUAGGGUGAAGCAACUGUACAAUAUCUAUUCUAAAAAUGUGAAAAGAAAAAAUGUGUGACGAAAUCAUUUCCGAGUACAUCAAGAGGACCUAUGAUCCGAACCCCAGAAAGAGAAAGCAAGCUUUGAAGGAUCUCUGCCCAUGUCAUGUGAGACAAGACAUUCCUCAAGUAUGGGAGAGGAUCUUCGAAAUGCUCUCAGAUGAAGAAGGUAUUGUGAGGGAUCAAGCAUUGCAUGCUCUAGGUGAUGGAUCACCAAGACACUUAGAGGAGAGGAUUGUGGAAGCUGUUGAACAACUCUACAAUGACCCAUUCCCUGAUGUCAAGAAAAAAGCACGAAGAAUGAUGAACUCGUAUAGGAAGAAUGGGAAGUGGAACAUUUUAUAGCUGAGCUCAAAUUUGUCAACAUUAACUCAUUUUUGUAUUAAUGGCUACUCAAUUUUUGUAUAUAAUGCACAAGGGAUAGAUGAAGCAAAGAGAAAAUAGAACAGAAAUGUGAUGCAUGUGACGGGAAAACUAUUAAACAUAAUGGCCAGUAGUUUUACACAGUCUAUAAUCAUUCUUUCAUUUCUCCUUUUUCCUCCUCGUCAAUGCCUCGGACGUACAGUAUGUU